CUUUCUGUGAUGAAUAUUUGCUUAUUUGUUUGAUUGUUAGUUUGUCCGACAAACUGAAAUUGUCAUUUUAUCAAUGUUAGGUUCCAGAAUAGUUUUUCGUUGAAAUGCUAGUUAGUUUUUGGGUUCUUUCUGCAUUUACUUUAUUUUUUUAUUACACUUCGUUUUUUACUUUGUACUCUCUUUAGUCAUAGGAUGCCAUUUUAUUUGAUUCAAUAUAAUCUAUAGUGGUUAUUGAUGAAGUAGUAUUUACUUUAUUUUUACCGUAGAAUUUUCUAUAGUUUUGUCCUAAUUCCUAAUCAACAGAAUUUAUUGAGAAAUAUAGCUGAAUAUGUUGAGUGCUAUAAGAUAAUAAUAUUGGUUGCAUUUUUUCCUUGGAAAAUAAAAGAGGAAAAAAAUUUAAGGGGAAAAUAAUUUUAUUUUUUAUCAUUUUAUGUUUGGAUGGGUAGAAAAUAAAUAUGAAAGAAAAAUUUUAGAGAAAAAUAAAAAUUUUUUAUUCACUUCUAUUUACUCUUCAAAAUGAGAAAUAGUGCGAGAAAAAAAUGAAAAAUUAUAAAUAUAUUCAUAUAUUUUAUAAGUUUUGUUUUUAUUUAAGGGUAAAAUUAUGAUUUUAUUAUUCAUAAAAUAACUUUCUUUCCCAAUAUUUUCCAACAUCUGAAUUCGUCAUUGAUCUCUUCCUUCAAUCCAAACACAAUGUUAGUCUUCGGGGUGAUGACUCUUAGCCAAUAAGGAGUGGUUUCCUUCUAGAAAAGAUAUUCCUGAACGAAAUGAUCUGAACUUGUUUUUAUUUGUUUUACUGUCCUUUCACUGUAUCAAUCUGCAAGUUUUCAAAAUCUUGGUGGUAUUAUUUUCUCCCAUUAUCUUUUUCAUUGGAUUGGUGACUGGUGAUUGGUUGAGUUCCAUAUAGAGGCGUUUAGUUGUUUUAUACUGCAAGAUACAAAUCCCGGUGUUUCUGGGAAGAAUCGAGAACAUUUUAUUUCCUGCAGGGCAUUUGUUAUGAGGAGAAGAAGUGGAAGAUCACACCAACCUACAGGUUGGGUAAGUGAAAUGAAAGGAGAGAGCGGUGGGAGUUUCGAUGGGGAAAAGAAAGAUUUACUGCUCCUGGCAGAACAGUUCGCAAAUCUUUUCAGAGAAUUCGCUGAGAAAUCAGGUGUAGUGAGUCAUGAAUAUUUCUGCUUUCUGCUUGCCUGUGGCUUAACUGAGUCCCUGUGCUCACAUCGUGAUGCACAAAUCAGAUUUGACCCGAGAGCUAGAUUUUCUCGCUGUCACUUUGCGCAAAAGCUUUUCCAAGCAAUAGCCUCGGCAUCUAGUGCUGCUACUCCUGAUUCUUUUGUGGGAGCGGACAACUACUUAGAUUUGGUCAUAUUUGUCCAAGAGAAAACAGCACUGAGUCAUGAAAUUUUGUGUAAGUUGUUUAAAAAUGUCUUCUUUGAGCUAUCUCGACUUUGGAAGGAUCCUCGUUUUGCUUAUGGCUUCCGGCCACGAGUACGACGUCUCUUCCUUCGUGUUCUACUAGAUCGUGUCAGAAAUUUCAUCGAAAGAAAAAGAGGUGAAGCUGAAUUUUUUUAUGGAAGGUCCAAUAAGGAAAAGAAAUGUAAUGAAGACUACGUGAAUUAUCUUGUCAGGUUUUAUCAAGAGAACGCAUGCUCAAGCGAUGAAACUUCUUUCCUCGACUUGUUUGCUGCUGUCUCAUCUCGUUUCCCUGAGGAUCGACGGGAUUCACGCCUCAAAAUUGAUCUGGCUGCUUCCACUCAGCCUCUGUUCCCACUAGAGCUUCUCCGAGUAAUAGGGCUCAUAUAUACUGAUCCUCUGGUUGUUGAUGAACGCUUGUGCGUAGCUGCUGCAACAAGAUUGAAGAUUCAUCUUAAGACCCACAAGGAUAACAUUUCUAAUUUUGAGAUGGAUUGUAUUAAGACUUUAAUUGUCUGCCUUCGGAUCUGCAUAUCUCCAGAUUUUUUCAUCAUCCAGAGGAAUCUCGAUGGAGCCCUCACGUUCUUGCUUAGCCACGAUUCCUCUUGGCACCAGCCACUUGUGGAGCUUAUUCUGAAACUCCAAAACGAGGGUCUUCAUACUGCUCAUACACAACCAAUUAUUCAUACUUCCAACUCUAUCAUAUGGAAGUUGAAUGAUAAGCUACAUUGGAUGGAUCGAUCCUUUUAUGAUGAAGUCUUUUGUUUUCAAAAGAAUAGUGCUGCUUCCGUUAUAGAAAUCUCUAACCAAGCGGCUCUGCAAAUUGAUUCCUUUCUGUCAAUGUCCGCCCAUGAUGCCUCUGCACAUGCUCUUAGAUCGCUUUUGGACAAGGAGUGGCUGUGCCAUAGAAUAUUAAAUCAUUUGCAUCCUUGUGACCUUCAUUUGCAACCUUGUGAACUUCAUUUGCAUCCUUGUGACCUUGAUUUGCAUUCUGCUAUACUCAAUUGGAAGCAGAGAACGAAAACCUAUUUGAGUGGCAAGUAUGAACAUCUUCAACAACUGGUUGGCGACCACGACCAUGAGUCUGUUUCUACAUCAUUUCGCAAAGUGAAUGAACACGUUGUCAUAUCAGCACUCAAGCGCCUGGUGAAGUUAUAUUUUUUCCCUGUAAAAUGGAUACCCGUAGUCUUGAGCAAAAUUAUAAUUCCUAGUUUAGCCAUGAGCGAAGAGGAUGAGCACUUGUUCACCACAAAUCAUCUUGAAUUCAUCACCAGGGAUAUGCUAAUUAGUGAUGGGCAUACUAGGAGGGGACUUGCCUAUAUGUUUCUUGAGAAACUUUUAAGUGAACUUCCCAUUCAUGUGCCUUUGAUGGUUAUGAAAAGGGUAAAGAAGAUGCUGAGAAGUAGACCUAGAAGCAGAUCGUUAUUGUCGAGAACGAUUGACCAGGAAGAAUUAGAUGGUCCACAUUGGAGGAGAAAGGAGUGUGCCAUACGCUUAGUGGUUUUUCUCUUGUCUAGGGAUGCUAAGGAUGACAUGAACUUGUCAGCCUACUACAAUUCCUUCAUCUCUUACUUGGAGUCCAACGUGUCAUAUGGAUGGAACUGUGCCUUGGAGUUUCCUAACAACAACACUUCGCUGUAUGGGGCAGAUGUAUACAUUUUUGAGCAUAUGACUGCCAAAGUAGCGUGGAAAGCGAGAAAGAUUUCACUCUUGAAGCGCUUGUUUGACAAUUCCAAGUCUGAACCUGAUUCAGACUUGACCAAAAGGAAGAAAUGGGAUACAUGCCAUCUUUAUUUCUGCUACUUCUUCCAGUCCAGCAUUCUCCCAGAGUUGCUUAGUGAGAAUAUGAAUACAUUCCCAAUGCUCAAGGCAGCAGCUCUCAAAUUUUGUUAUUUAUACUUAGAUAAGUUUCCAGUUUCACAAGAGUUGCUUAUCUCUUUGAAGCCUUGGUUAACCAGAUUUCUUGAAAGUGAUUCGAGUGUGGUUCAAUCAUAUGCUUCAAGAUGUAUUGUAAAAAAUUAUCAUAGGGAAAAAAUUGAGGGAGGAACUAAAGUAAAGGAAAAGUUGAGCUAGAAGAAUUGAAGGUUUGUCCUCUCCCUUUGGUUUUAUAGCAGCAAUUUUGAGUACACUUUCUUUCUUGUUGUAUCAAUACCCAAGAACUGAUUCGAGAGGCCUCGAGGCUUAUAAGCAGGCCCAUAAGGGAGUUUGUUUUAAUAAAAAAAAUUGGUCAUCCCAUUAGAA